AUGUCGUCUUUUGUGAAAGAUUUCAGCAAAGCAAUGUCUCAAGCUGGCACUUCGCAGUUUCAGGAAGUCAUUCGACAGGAGCUGGAGUAUUCAAUGAAAGUAGAACUUGAUAAGAUACUUGCGACCGCACCCUCAAAUGAGCUAGAGCACACUAAAAAGGACCUGGAAGGAUUUAAGAAGCUAUUUCACAGAUUCCUACAAGAAAAGGGACCAUCUGUGGACUGGGGGAAGAUUCAGAGACCUCCAGAAGAUUCUAUCCAGCCCUAUGAGAAGAUAAAGGCCAGAGGACUCCCUGAUAACAUUGCUUCUGUCUUGAACAAGCUGGUGGUUGUGAAACUAAAUGGUGGCUUGGGCACAAGCAUGGGUUGUAAAGGCCCCAAAAGUCUUAUUGGCGUCCGGAAUGAGAACACCUUCUUGGACCUGACAGUUCAGCAGAUUGAG